AUGGCAGCCGAAGCGGACCGCACAGCCUUGAAGGGUCUGGAGAAGAGGUUGUUCAAGCUGCACGCUGUGGCCGGGGGCGACAAGGAUCUCGCCUUGACCCUGCUGAAAGCCGGGGCAAACGGUGGAUCAGGCUGGGAGGGUUGUAGCGACCGUAAUCUGCCUCAGGCGGCGGCCGAGGGAGGAGACGAGGAGGUGGUGACUGCACUCCACCGGGCGCUUAUUUGGGGCCACACUGGCGCGGCAAGAGCGCUGAUGGUCGCCGGCGCAGACACAAGUUUGCUCGAUGCCGAAAAGCGCAGCGCCCUGCACUACGCAAUUCGAGGGGGGCACCUGCAGCUCGCCGGAGAUGCAAUCAUUGGGGCAACCAACCUCCAAGCGAAAGAUGUCAACGGUGACAACCCCCUCCACUUUGCUGCCGCUCAUGACGACAAGUUUGUCUCCACGAUCUUGCGCAGGGGGGCUCGUGUCGACCGGCCCAACCGCGAAGGAAAGUAUCCGCUCCAUGUAGAGGUGGAGUAUAACCGACUCACCGUUGCAGAGGCUCUUUUGACGGUGGGUGCUAACUUAAACGUCCGAUUCGGCAUAUCCAAAAGAUACUCACCGCUUUACUUUGCACUACGGCGCAGUCCGGCGAUGACAAGGGCUCUGCUUCAGCAUGGCGCAGCUUCAUUCGAACCUUACCACGGAGUAUGUGGUAAACAUUCUUCCGUCGGCCUCACACCUCUUCACGUCGCCGCCUACUACCACCGCAGUCUUUCUAUGGCCGCACUGCUACGUAGCGGAGCUAACGUCGAUGCAGAGGCUGACAACGGCCUGACUCCGCUGCAUAUGGUGUGCAAGACCUCCCUCGCCCCCGGUUCGGUGAAAGCGAACGACCUUUUGCUGAGCUGGGACGCGGACGAAACGACCACCGACCACGAUGGCCGCACUCCCAAAGCCCUAGUUUCUGGGCGUUCGUCCUUGAGGUGGCGGGUGCGGCAGAAGCUGGCCAACGCUCCAGCAGACAGGUUAUGGCGCUCCCGAGGCAUGUUGGUCAUGUGUCGGGCUUCCCCGCAGAAGGUGACAGGCACAGGCCGGGGGGGAAGAGGUGGCAGGGCUAGAGCCCGGAUCGGUUCCGGCCGUGGGCGCGGGGGUCGUAGUGCGAGCCGAGGUCGCAGGAAUGGAAAUUUACUGGCGCGCGUGGUGGGGCAAAAGGAUGAUGAACUUUUCCGGGCGAUCGCGACGUUCCUGUGA